AUGUCUAAAGUACCGUCAAUUUCAAACGGGGAAAAACCGCAGAAUCAGUUACCGCACGACGAAGCAAGAUCUUACAGAUAUUCUGGUCCAGAGAAGCCCCCCUUUACGUAUACAGAACUGAUCGAGUAUGCUCUGACAGAGAAAGGGGAAUUAACCGUUUCUGGGAUAUAUCAAUGGAUCUCGGACCAUUUUCCCUUUUAUAAGCAAAGUGACGACAGAUGGAAAAAUUCUAUAAGGCACAAUCUAUCCAUAAAUCCACAUUUUAGAAAGGGAUGCAAAUCACUGCACGGCGCUGGGCAUCUUUGGACAAUCGCUAAUCACGAUAUCAAAAAUUCGUGGAAUAUGAAAAAACAAAAAUUCCAACAAAUAUGCAAGUCGUUUUGUGAAAAUAAAGAAAAAUUAAUGGAAAAGGAACUUGAAGCAGCUACUGCUAGUAUUCUCUCAGAAAUUAAUGCUGGAGACUUUACAAUUUUAGAGGACGAUAAUAAUACAGAUAUGAAUGGAAAGAGACAGCGAAUUGAAGUGGAAUACGUGAACUUAAUAGAUGUUAGUGACGGUUUAGGAGAUUUUCUUUGUCCUCCAGUUUCGAAAGAACAAGUGGCCGAAGAAUGUGGACUAACCGGGGAUUACCUCAUAACCGAUCUAAAUCCAAACACACUCGGUUUAAACAUUGCGGAAAGUGAACUUAUCAACAGCGCCAAUUUAUACGACGAUCUUAAUUUUCAAUGUUAUGAAUUGCAAGGCGAUCAAUGAGAAUAUACAAGAAAAAAAAGAAAAGAAGAUUGGAUACAAACGAAAUUUCUAACGCUACUUGAACUUUCAUUUUGGGCACGAGAUAGUGUUUAAGUUUAGAACACGUUUUUUAUCGUCUUGUUUCAAGUUACUGUAGAGCACAUAACUUUUUGCAUAUUGAAUUAAAUUACAUUCACUUUAAUUUUUGCCUGCUUUCUUAAAAAACUCGCCCCCAAUACUUGAACUUAAGUCAUAUGGGAACAUGAACCUACGAUUAAAAAAACAAAAUGAUUAGCGUCAGAUAAGUAAUCUAUACAUUUAAUUAUAUGAUAUAAUCGCCAUUUACUUGAUGAAAAUUCAUAGCUUAAUAUAUAAAUAUAACUUGCAAGUAUAAAUUUUUACAAUUUAUCCAGAGGCCACAAUUGUUUUGCUACAUAAUAACUUUUUCAAAUGGAGUGCUACAGCUCCAAAUAAAAAUGCGUAAACGUUUUCAACCAAAUUUUA